GGAAGGGCAUUCGAGAAAGGAACCAUUCCUUCUAUUAGAAUCUUUCAUCGAUCCCUCCUCAUCCUACUCACAUAGAGCAAGAGGCUGAUUUCAGAGGAAGACGAACUCCUGGUUGAGAGUGCUACAUUUUGGGUGGGGCAUGUCUUCGGAGAUGUUGAGGCAACCAGAGUAGGGCAGGGAGGUCUGAGGAACUUGUACUACAGAUGACAUAAACCGUAAAGAAGACAUAGGUGACUCUAGGGCAUGGGGUCAGUCCCCAUGAGUGAGUGCAGCCGGUCCUGAGAGGCAGCAGAUGCCCCUAGGUGCAGAAGAAGGCUGGAGACCAAGCAGGGCGGUGGCCUAGAAUGCUCCUCGAAGCACUAUUUCCUCCUUGCCGCAAGAGGGCGCUGCGCCCAAGGCGCCUAGAGGAAGAAGUAAAGCGAGUCCACGUUGGCCCCGACGCCUGCGUACAGACACCCGCGUCGGCUUUGGCUCCUCUCCUUCUCUGCCAGAGGCACAGAUUGGACCCACGGGCGGGGCGUGAUGGGUAACCGGACCGACGGAAUCCCCGGGCUGCCCUAGCGGGGGUGGACGUUGGGGUGGCCCUCUUUUCCCGUAGUCGGUACCGGAACCUCCUUGGCGCUGUCCUCCCUCCUAUCCCUGCUGCUCUUCGCUGGCAUGCAGAUAUACAGCCGCCAGCUGGCCUCCACCGAGUGGCUCACUAUUCAGGGGGGCCUGCUGGGCUCCGGCCUUUUCGUCUUCUCCCUGACUGCCUUCAAUAAUCUCGAGAAUCUGGUCUUUGGUAAAGGUUUCCAAGCAAAGAUCUUCCCAGAGAUCCUCCUCUGCUUGCUGUUGGCGCUCUUUGCAUCUGGCCUCAUCCACCGCGUCUGUGUCACCACCUGCUUCAUCUUCUCCAUGGUCGGCCUGUACUACAUCAACAAGAUCUCCUCCACGCUGUACCAGGCAACAGCGCCAGUGCUCACACCAGCCAAGGUCACUGGCAAGGGCAAGAAGAGAAACUAACCCUGAGUGACGAAUAAAGUUGAUUCUUUGUA